AUGCGCGCCGACCGCGCGGCGCCCGACGACGCCGGCGACGACGCGUGGCGUCUCGGCUUCCCUCGCGAGCCCUCGCGCGAGGUCGCGUCCUCGCUCCGCGAAUCCGACGCGCGCCUCGAGCGGCGCUGGCGCGCAUUCGUCGCGAACGGCCGCGACGCGCGCGCGCGCGGCGAGCUCGUCCGCGCGUUCGCGCGCGCGAACGGCGUCGGACGAGAGGCGCGACCGCGGCUUUGGUUCGCGUGGAGCGGCGCGGAGGCGGCGAAGCGCGCGAGCGACACGACGUACGAAGAGUACCUGAGGGCGGCGGAGCUGAGCGACGACGCGGCGGCGGCGACGACGCGAGACGCGCAGAUUGAGAUGGAUUUGGCGCGAACGUUUCCCGAACACGCGAGGUUCGCGGAGACGGGCGACGCGCUUCCGGCGUUGCGUCGCGUGCUGCGAGCGACGGCGACGUCGGCGGCGGCGGGAUACGUGCAGGGGAUGAAUUAUCUCGGUGGAUUUCUGCUGUUGGUGAUGGAGACGGAGGAGGACGCGUUUUGGACGCUUCACGUCGUGGUUAACGUGAUGUUUGCGGGGUAUUUCACGGAAGGUUUGAAGUCGCUGCGCGCGGACUUGGACACGCUCGAUCACAGGUUUCGGUGCGUGUCGAGCGAGGCGCACGCGAAGCUCGAGUCCAUGGGGCUGGCGGUGAAAUACUUCACCGCGCGGUGGUUGAUGUGCGCGCUGAUCGGAUGCGCGUCGGUGCCGAUUGUGCUGCGGGUGUGGGAUUUGAUAUUCGUCGACGCCGAUAGAGAACCGCGGGAGACGAUCAUGCGAAGCUCUUUGGCGAUUCUUGCGUUGCAAGCGCCGUGGAUACGAGCCGCCGAAGACAUGAGCUCAUCCGUGGAGUGCAUUCGCGAAGCGGGGUCGACAAUCGACAACAUCGAAGCCUAUCUCCAACGCGUCUCGCUGUUGCGCGAAAUGCACUUCCCGUCGAAACCGGCGCCGGCGCCCGCGGUGACGUCGACAUCCCGAAAGAGGACAUCCCGCUACGAACCGCCGCCGACGCCGGCGCGAGCGGCGAUGACGCCCGUGGCGAACACUUUGUACGCAUCGCUCGUGUCGUUCUUCUCACCCACACCGAGCAAAACGGCGGUCUCGACGCCGCGCGCGAGCGGACUCGCGCCGAAACGUUUGUGGAGCUUUGAAGAGACACAAGCCACGCCGAAGCGUACGCGCGUCGAGGCGGAUGGGAGCGGUUCGCACGCGCAGUCGUCGAUGUUCGCGAAAUCAAAGACGCCGCUCAAGUCGCCGGCGCGCUCGCCGUUGCUCGCGGCGCGAUAG